AUUUCUUUUAUUAUCGAGCCAUUAAAUCCUCCUUCUUCCUCUCCAUGUUUUCCUGUGUAUUUUUCCAUCAAUUAUCAAUUUUAAAAUAGACAUUAUUAAUAUAUAUUAUCGGUUUUAGGGGAAAAAUAACGUUUAUUCGGUAGAUUGAUAUUUGUGCGCCAUAAUUUCAGCAUAUUGCAAUAUUAGACAUAGACGAAGAAAACGGAAAAUCCCUUGAAUUGGACUUGACAGCGAAAUAUGGGAUGGACAAGGUGAAGUUUUACAAGUGUGACGUCACUACAGAUGAUCUAAAUACAGCAUUCGAUGAUGUAGUACAACGUUUUGGAUACAUCGAUGUUAUCAUCAAUAAUGCUGGAAUUAUGAACGACAGUAAAAAUGUAUAUGUUAAAGCUAUCCAAGUCAAUGUGAUAGCUUUAAUAAACAGCUCAUUGAAAGCAUAUGAGCUCAUGCGUAAAGACCGGAACGGUAAAGGAGGUACUAUUAUUAAUAUAUCGUCUAUAGCAGCGUUGGGGAAAAGCUGUCCUCUCCCUGUCUACAGUGCAACUAAAAGUGCUGUCUUGCAGUUCAGUCAGUGUCUAGGUAUGGAACCUACCUAUUCUAGGACAGGUGUUCGAGUUUUAAUUAUAUGUUUUGGAUGUACCAACACUUCAUUGUUACAUGAAAGCAAAUAUGGUGUAUUUGACCCUGAAGUGUUGGAGCUGUUGACGGAAUAUUUUAAUAAUACAAUUAAGCAAAAGCUCGAGUCUGCAGUGCGUGGAAUGUUGGAGGCAUAUAAGAAUGGCGCUAGUGCAUCCACUUGGCUGAUAAUGGCAGACCAACCUGCACAAGAUAUCACUGUUUACGUGCCUGAUGUUAACAAAACAAUGAAAUCAUCAAGUUAAAAAGGCAGUUACCAAUAUAUCGAACGAAAAUAGU